AUGGCGCCGAACGAUCCGCGAAAAGCGAUGCAGGACAAGUUAGCUCGCGAGAAAAAAGAGCAACUUCAACGCCAAAAUUCUCAGCAACGACUUAACUCUCAAAAUCAUAAAUAUACUGACGGGACGCACUUUAUCAAGACAGACUCGAAGUGGCAAAACACCUAUUUGCCGGUUAUUCCUCGACUCAAUCCCGACGGAACAUUCAAAGAAAACUGA